GGCUAGAUCCACCUGCUUCUACCUCCAGAGUGCUGGGAUUAAAGGCAUGUGCCACCACACCCAGCUUUUGUUUCUGUUUUUAAUUAGUGUACAAAGUAAGUUUCAUUAUGGCAUGUUGCCUCUGUCUUCCAUUCCUCUGCCCUCCCUUGUAAUCUUCCACCCCAGUAGACUCCUUUUUGCUUCAUAGCGAAUCAUAUAUUAACCUUACAGGAUUGGGGGUACAGGGCUGGCAAAAUGGCUCAGUGGGUAAAGUCUCUUGCUGCCAAGGCUGGUGACCUACAUUCAAUCCCUAGCCUCCACAAGAUGGAAGGAGAGAACCAAGUCUGUGAGUUGUGGACUGAACCCAACACUCAUGCUGUGGCAUGAGCAUGCACACACACACACACACGCACACACACACACAGCAAAAAAAAAAAAAUAGGAGUGAAAUAUUCUAUAACAGAGGGAACUAACAGCUUGUUUUCCAUGUAUAAAUAUGGAUUAUAACAUUCAGGGUGCUUGUAUGGGUUAUUUUAAUACCUGAGACAGCCUGUCCUAUUUGAUCUGUAUUAUAAUUUUAUUAGUGCGGAAGCUAACAGCCAAUUAGCCUGCCUACAACAGUCCUCAGGGUGUAUGAGAUGGGUCCUUCUGCCAAACCUAAUAAACCUAGGUUCCAUCCCCAGGACUCUACAUGAUUGGAAGGAGAGAACCGACCCCGGCAAGUUGUCACGUGAUGACCACACGAACAAAGGCAGUGAGGCAGGAACACCGCUGUCCAUGCGGAAGGUUCCAGAUUUGGCAGGUAACAGACUCAGACGGGUCCUCAGGAGUCCGAACCUCAGAUCCAGGACCCUCACUGGGUGAUUGAUCUGUGACCUGAAGGCAGUGGUGCCUGGACUGUUGUCUCUUCUAACUUGUUCUCUGCAGGAAGCCCUCCUAUAUCAUCCUGUAGCCCCAGGCCAGCGCAAGAGCCAGUGUCCGUCAUCUCCUUGACCAGGAAGGACCGUUAGACGUCUUAAAAUAGGUGCAGCAGGAAGGAAACAGACACAAUGAGUCUCCAGGUCAGUGGUUACGGAGUGACCCAAGACCAUCAUCCCGAAUCACCAGGUUGUUCUUUCCAGAGUGGUCAGCCCCCACCUGAAGCAAAGAAAGGCAUUCCAAUAAGCACUCUCCUCUCCGACUUUGUGUUUACUGUGGAAGAAACCCCAAGAUGACAGACAAAACCCUGAGUUCUGAAACUGAGGCCCGACAGGUGAAGGUAUUUGCUACCAAGCCUGAUGACCCGAGUUGGAUCCCUGGAACCUUUGUGGUGGAAGGAGAGAGCCAACUCCAGCAGGUCCUCUGACCAGGCACACCCACACAUGUACACGCAUAUAUUAAUUAAGGUUUGGUGUCAUUCUCGGAUGUGGCUGUAGACUUCUCUCAGGAAGAAUGGGCCUGUCUUGACUCUACCCAGAGGGACCUGUACUGGGAUGUGAUGUUGGAAAACUACAGUAAUUUGGUUUCACUAGAUUGGGAAUCACCCUAUGGGACCAAGAGUUUAGCUGUAAAAAAGAGCAUUUAUGGGCUGAGUUUUCGCAGAAAGCAUUCAGGUGACAAAAAUAAGCCUUACCGCCUUGACAGGAUUCUCGAAGGGGAGUCUGAAACACCACAGGGCUCUCAAGAGGGAAGUGUCAAUAAAGAAAGCAACCGCUCUAGAAAAGCACCCACUGAUAGAAAGCGCACACGUACCCCACACUCGAGACCUCAUAAGGACAGCUACAAAUGUAAGGACUGUGGGAAGGCCUUUAGUCGUGUGUAUCAGCUCCGUCAACAUCAGAAAAUUCAUACUGGCGAGAAGCCCUUUGAGUGUAAAGUCUGUAAGAAGGCCUUUCGUUGGGGUAAUCAGCUUACUCAGCACCAGAAAAUACACACUGGGGAGAAACCUUAUAAAUGUAAGGACUGUGGGAAGGCCUUUCGGUGGGGCUCUAGCCUUGUUAUUCAUAGGAGAAUUCAUACUGGCGAAAAACCAUACUUAUGUAAAGACUGUGGGAAGACCUUUAGACGUGGUGAUGAACUCACUCUACAUCAGCGAUUUCAUACCGGUGAGAAAGACUAUGAGUGUAAAGAUUGUGGGAAGACCUUUAGCCGUCUGUAUAAACUUAUGCAGCACACAAGAAUUCACAGUGGUGAGAAGCCCUAUGAAUGUAAAGACUGUGGGAAGGCCUUUAUUUGUAGUUCCAGCCUUAUUCAGCACAAGAGAAUCCACACAGGUGAGAAACCCUUUGAAUGCCAAGAGUGCGGGAAGGCCUUCACUAGAGUCAAUUACCUUACUCAGCACCAGAAGAUUCACACUGGUGAGAAACCUCAUGAGUGUAAGGAAUGUGGCAGGGCCUUUCGCUGGGCUUCAAGCCUUGUUAAACACGAGAGACUUCAUUCAGGCGAGAAACCGUAUAAAUGUACAGAAUGUGGGAAGGGCUUUCACUGUGGCUAUCACCUCACUCAACAUGAGAGAAUUCACACUGGGGAAACCCCUUACAAAUGUAAGGAAUGUGGGAAGGCCUUUAUAUAUGGCUCAAGCCUCGUUAAACAUGAGAGGAUUCACACAGGGGAGAAGCCCCACAGAUGUGAGGAAUGUGGGAAGGCCUUCAGUCAUGGCCACCAGCUUAGACAGCACCAGAAAACUCACAUGGCAAAGUCCUGUAAUGAGUGUGGGAAGGUUUAUAAUCACAUAAGCCAUCUCAGAGAGCACCAGAAGACUCACCAACAUUGAAAACCUUUUCACUACAGAGAAUACCAAGGCCUCUAUCCCCCAUUCAUUUGUUCCUCAAUGUGAGGAACAUCCAUGUUUUAAUUUAUCAUAAGAAAGCUUUCCCUGGUCAUUUUCUUGCUUGUAGAAUAUUAGAAGUCAUACUGGAGAUGAAUUGGAGAGUGUGUCAAAGUCACUUUUCUAAAUGAUCACACCCUUUCCAUUGGCAUUUUCCUGGGUAAGUUGGUUGAGUGAAUGGGUAGAAGCCUACCAAUGCCAUUCCACCUUUAUUAUGUUUCCAGUUCAUUCUAGGAGGAACCCUGCCAUUGUGACACCUGUGGGAAAGCCUUUAGUCUUGGCGAAUACCAUACCAGCUAGCAUCACUAUCCCACCUCUUUACUCUGUGAGACACACACAAGCUGCUCAUUACCCCUGUGUAUUACAGAUGGCCUGACACACAAUAGGCUUAUGUCCUGAUAAACUCAUCAGAUGCUGAAAAGACUGGUUGCAAAUGCAUUUAAUAUACCUUACUAACCAAACUUCACAGCAUAGCCCAGCCUAUCUUAAAUGUACUCAGAACACUCCCGUUAGCCUAAAUUGGGCAAAGUCAUCUAAAACCAAAUCUAUUCUAUGAUUAAAGUAUUGAGUGUCUCACAUAAUUUCCUGACUAGUGGCCAGGUGUGGUAACACAUCUGUGAUGUCAAGAAGCUGAGACAGGGGGAUUGAGAGACCAAGGCCAGCCUGAGCAGCACAGUGGACUCCAGGCUGGCCUAUAGAGCAUGACCCUGUCUCAAAAAAAAAAAAAUUCUUGAACAUUGUGCUAAAAGUAAAACAUCAGUGGUUGUAACAGGUACAUUUUGUACCAUCGUGAUGUUGAAAAAUCGAUGGUUAUAUUGGGUAUGCUUUUGCACCAUCUUGAAGUUCGAAAAUGAGUGGUUAUAUUGGGUAUGCUUCUACAACGUUGAAAAAAAUCGUUGUAUUGAACACACCUUCAAACCAUCGUAAAGUUGAAAAAUCGAUUGUAUUGAGUAUGCUCUCGCACCCUUUUAAA